AUGUCCAGUAGCACUGGAAGAGGUCAUGGGGGUCUUAACCAACUAGGUGGAAUGUUUGUUAAUGGCCGCCCACUUCCGGAGGUGAUCCGGCAACGCAUCGUGGACAUGGCCCACCAGGGGGUUCGGCCUUGCGACAUUUCCCGGCAGCUCCGAGUCAGCCACGGCUGCGUCAGCAAGAUCCUGGGACGCUACUACGAAACUGGCAGCAUCAAACCCGGCGUGAUCGGUGGCUCCAAGCCCAAGGUGGCCACCCCGAAGGUCGUGGAGAAGAUCGCGGAGUACAAGAGGCAGAAUCCCACCAUGUUUGCCUGGGAAAUCAGAGACCGGCUGCUGGCGGAGGGAGUGUGUGACAGCGACACGGUGCCCAGCGUGAGCUCCAUUAACAGAAUAAUUCGGACAAAGGUCCAGCAGCCGUUUAAUCUCCCUCUGGAUGGAAAAGGCCUGAGUCCAGGACAAACACUGAUCCCCAGCUCAGCAGUCACCCCUCCAGAGUCGCCACAGUCCGACUCUCUGGGCUCCACCUACUCCAUCAGCGGCCUGCUGGGAAUCCCACAACCCAACGCCGAGGGCAAGAGGAGCCACGAUGACAAGGCAGCACCCAAGCAUGAUGUCACCACACUCUCCGUAGCUCUGCCCAGGUUGCCAGCAAACUGUCUCGCUCUCCCUUGCUAUCAGUACCAGGUUGCCAGCUCAACUUUCCCCAUCCCACACCCCAGCAACCUCUCUGUCUCUCACUAUUUACUCCUGGUUGCCAGUUCCCCCUCUCCAUCCCCUAUUACCAGCAACUUCUUUUUUUCUCCCACAACUUAUACAGGUGCAGACUACUCGGGUCAGUCCUACAGCCAUUCGCCCUACACCUCCUACAGCGAAGCCUGGAGGUUCACCAACUCCAGCAUCCUGGGCUCACCUUAUUACUACAGCUCGGCCUCCCGCACAGGACCACCGUCUGCGGCCGCCUACGACCACCUCUAGUCUCCCCCCUCGCUGCUGCUGCGUGGACAGACUCGGUGCUGAUGGACCUUCACACUGGAGAACUUUUAACAUCAGCUGACACACGGACCAAGGCAUGAAGUCAAAACUGGAUGUGAACUUGAGACUCUGCUGUUGAAACCAGCAAUGCAUUGUGUGUUUUUUUUUUACUCCAUCCUCUCAUGGUCUACCACACCUCCUUCUAUUUAUUUGUCGUUACUGACACCAGUCCCCAGGGUAACUGUGACUCGUGCACGUUUACACAUUGCUAACACUCUC